GACCGACAUGACGGCGUCUCGAGCCACAGCUCGCGCCUGUCCCAGCUGGGGUCUGUGUCGCACGCGGGACCCUACUCCAGCGCGCCGCCGCUGUCCCACGCGCCUUCCUCGGACUUCCAGCCGCCCUAUUUCCCUCCGCCGUACCAGCCGCUGGCGCACUACCAGAGCCAGGACCCGUACUCUCACGUGAGCGACCCCUACUCCCUGAACUCGCUGCACCAGAGCCAGCAGAGCGCGUGGGGCGCGCGGCAGCGGCAGGACGCGUCCGGGGACCGGAUGGAGAGCUCGGCCCUGCUGGCGCAGCCGCGGGCUUCUCUGCCGCAGCUGUCCGGGCUGGACCCGCGGCGGGACUACGGCGGCAUGCGGCGGCCUGACGUGCUGCUGCACGCCGCUCACCCGGGCCUGGAGCCCGGCAUGGGAGACGGUCUGCUGCACGGUCUGCACGGGAUGGAGGAUGUUCAGUGCCCAUGCCGCCCAAGAACGUGGGCUCCCUGAUGCUGGGGAAGGACGGGCUGAUCGGCGGGGUCACCGUCAACAUCAACGAGGUGUUCUGUUCGGUACCGGGCCGCCUGUCGCUGCUCAGCUCCACCUCCAAGUACAAAGUGACGGUGGGGGAGGUGCAGAGGAGGCUGUCUCCACCCGAGUGCCUCAACGCCUCCCUGUUAGGAGGCGUGUUGAGAAGAGCAAAGUCUAAAAACGGAGGCAAAUGUCUGCGAGAAAAACUGGAGAAGAUUGGCUUGAAUCUUCCUGCUGGGAGGCGCAAAGCUGCAAACGUCACGUUACUGACUUCUCUGGUAGAAGGUGAGGCGGUCCACUUGGCCCGAGACUUUGGUUACAUCUGUGAGACGGAGUUUCCCACCAAAGCUGUGAGCGAGUACCUGAACCGGCAACAUGCGGACCCCAACGAGCUGCACACGAGGAAAAACAUGCUGCUGGCCACAAAACAGCUGUGUAAGGAGUUCACAGACCUGCUGGCCCAGGACAGGACUCCUCUGGGUAACUCCAGGCCCAGCCCCAUCCUGGAGCCCGGCAUCCAGAGCUGCCUGUCCCACUUCUCCUUCAUCACGCACGGCUUCGGCUCGCCCGCCAUCUGCGCCGCCCUCACCGCCCUGCAGAACUACCUCAGCGAGGCCCUGAAAGGACUCGACAAGAUGUUUCUCAACAACCCGCCCAACAACCGGCACGGGGACGCAGGCGGCAAGGCCGGCGACAAAGAGGACAAGCAGAGGAAAUGAGGCGAGGAGAGGAGAGAAGGAAGGCACUGACGGAGACGUUUCAGUUUCUUCUAGCUUUACACCACCACUGCCCCGCCCCCACCCCGCCCCGCCCCCACCCCGCCUCGCACAAGGCUGCAGGUGGAGGAGGACCAGGAGGGCUGCAGAGAGAGAAAACCAGUGUCACACAGAGGGAGUUUCAUCUGUGUUACGUUCUUUUCAUCCCCCCGAGGACAUGCUGGUGUUACAUCCAUUUAGCUCCCCCGCCUGCAUCCUGUGAGCCUGAGAGGCUGUAAGACGCCUGCAGACGGUUGUGUGUGCCUGAACACAYGUUUGUCUUCACACAGAAACACAACAUUGUGCUUUCAGAGACUUUGUAUGUUUUCAUUCUUUCUAUUUAUUUGACUUGUUUGUGAUGAGCGUCGUGUCUUUGAAACAAGCUUGUCUGUUAUUUAAAGUAAGAGGAGGUAAAGUGUUCAUUUGUGUGUAAAUAUUUAUUUAUAAUUAUUUAAAUGGAUGGUUGUUUAAAUAGGUUUGAAGUGGGCCUAUUUAUGUGAUUUGACCUUUGUGAGACAGUGGGGUGGGGGUUGGGGGGGGGUCAGGACUGUGUUUUUUGUUCUUAUAGAGCUGUUGUCAUGGUGCUGCUGCUGAUGAUGAUGAUGAUGAUGAUGAUGAUGAUGAUGGGUAGACAUGCUUCUAAUUGUCCAGUGAUUUCAUUUCUAUCAUAUUGAUAAUAAACCAUGUGUUUUAUUAAGGA